AUGUCUACCCCGGUCUCCCCUUCCCCCUCUCUCUCCCCAUUGACACUGGCCUCCCCUACAUCAGCAACCUCCCCGGGUGCCUCUCCUUUGCCCUCGCCCCUCUCCCCUCCACCCAGGGUGCCCGUGUUCCAGAGGAAGGGAGCGCUCAAACACAAGAGGAUUGUUGAGGUGAAAGACCACCAGUUCACGGCCCGCUUCUUCAAACAGCCCACCUUCUGCAGCCACUGCACUGACUUCAUCUGGGGCAUCGGCAAACAGGGAUUCCAAUGUCAAGUAUGCAGUUUUGUGGUCCACAAAAGAUGUCACGAGUUCGUGACCUUCACUUGUCCUGGCUCUGUGACGGCACCCACACCAGAUGACCUGAAGAGUCGACACACAUUUAAGAUCCACACCUACUCCAGUCCGACCUUCUGCGACCACUGUGGCUCGCUGCUGUAUGGCCUCAUACACCAGGGCAUGAAAUGUGCCUGUUGUGACAUGAAUGUCCAUCGACGGUGUGAGACCAGUGUUCCCAGUCUCUGUGGCCAGGAUCAUACAGAGAAGAGAGGAAGAAUCCACCUGACUGUCAGAGGAGAGAAGGAGGACGUCUUUGUCACAGUGCGGGAGGCUCGCAACCUGAUGCCCAUGGAUCCUAAUGGCCUGUCGGACCCGUAUGUUAAACUGAAAUUGAUCCCGGACCCUAAGAGCCACAGCAAACAGAAGACCAAGACCAUCCGCUCCACGCUCAAUCCCGUCUGGAAUGAGAGUUUCACCUUCUCAGUGCGUGGUCACCAGUGGGACAGACGUCUGUCUGUGGAGGUAUGGGACUGGGACCGCACGUCUAGGAAUGAUUUCAUGGGAGCGCUGUCAUUCGGAGUGAGUGAGAUCUUCAGGCGUCCUAUCAGUGGCUGGUUCAAACUGCUGGCCCAGGAUGAGGGAGAGUACUACAACAUCCCCGUGCCAGAUCCAGACCUGCAGGUAGGAAGCAACGCUACAACACCCUCUCUGCCCCAAGCAAUACCGGCCCCAAUGUCUGAACCGUUCCCUGCGGCCCUGCCCCCGACCCCUGUCCUGUCCUGUCCACCUGUCCACACCCCAGGCCCCAGCAAAGUCAAAGUGGGCGUCCAUGACUUCAACUUCCUCAUGGUGCUGGGCAAAGGCAGCUUUGGCAAGGUGCUGCUGGCAGAGGAGCGAGGCAGCGAGCGUCUGUUUGCCGUAAAAGUGUUGAAGAAAGACGUUCUCUUCCAGGACGAAGACACGGAGAGCGCCCUGGUGGAGAGGAGGGUCCUGGCGCUCUCCUCUCGCCCUCACUUCCUCACAUCGCUCUACUGCGCCUUCCAGACUGAGGAACGUCUGUAUUAUGUGAUGGAAUACGUCAACGGAGGAGACCUGAUGUUUCACAUUCAGAUGGUUGGCAAGUUCAAAGAGCCUCAUGCAGCGUUUUAUGCAGCAGAGAUAGCGAUCGGCCUCUUCUUCCUCCACAGCAAAGGCAUCAUCUACAGGGAUCUAAAGCUGGAUAAUGUGCUGCUUGACAGCGAGGGCCACAUAAAGAUCGCGGACUUCGGGAUGUGCAGGGAGGGCAUGUUCGAGGGCGACACCACUCGCACCUUCUGCGGCACCCCUGACUACAUCGCCCCUGAGAUUGUGGCAUAUCAGCCCUAUAAUAAAGCAGUGGACUGGUGGUCUUACGGAGUUCUGCUGUAUGAAAUGCUGGCAGGACAGCCACCAUUUGAUGGUAUUGAUGAGGAGGAGCUGUUUCAGUCCAUCAUGGAGCAGAGCGUUUCAUACCCGAAAAGUCUCUCUCGUGAAGCUGUCGCUAUCUGCAAGGGACUCCUCACGAAGCACCCGGCCAAGCGUCUGGGUGGGGGAGAGGAAACAGAGAGAGAGAUCAGGGAGCAUCCGUUCUUCCGCUGGAUUGACUGGGACCGUCUGGAGAGACUGGAGAUCCAGCCGCCCUUCAAACCCAGAACUGGUGGAAGAAAAGGUGAAAACUUCGACAAGUUCUUCACAGGGGCUCCGUCAGCACUCACUCCCUCCGACCCAGAUGUACUAGCAGCUAUCAACCAGGAAGACUUCCAGGGCUUCUCCUUCCUCAACCCAGACUUUGCCCCCUCGCCUCUCACCGCUGUUUGA